CCCCUCCAGUACCCGGGCCCAGAACAAGCGUCACCCGCGAAAAUGCGUUUUUCCAACAUCUUUCUGAUGGUAUCUGCCGCUGUCCUCCUCACUUCCGACCUCUGUGGAGCCACGAACGCCCAAGGCGACAUCGUUUCAAAGCUGGGGCCAGAAAUGGUUCGCUCGGCGGAUGCGUUUGCCAGUGUCAAGAGAUCCCUACGCAGCCACAACGUCGACGGAGACGAUGAGGAAGAGAGAGCUGGAGGUGUUAACGCGUUUGAAGAAGGAAAACUCAAUAAGAUGCUGGGCGAUAUCAACUUCGCAUACAAGAAGUUCGCCAAAUGGUCCAAUCGCGGAUGGACGUCAAACGAUGUGUAUGAUCAUGUGCCAUACAAGCUCUAUUCCCAGUACUACGACUACCGCAAGAUCGCUGGCCACGCUUCUUAGGCUAAUCGCGAAAGUGUGACAGAGCCAUGGUUAACACAGAACCCUUCUUUCCUUCACGAGGAAAACCAUAUAGCAAAUGCGAUUGCAAAUACAGCAGAUUCAUUUCAUGGUGAAAUCAUUUUUAGCUACUCUAACUCCUUCAAUGAAAUGCGUAAUGCGCAGAUCACGACUUAACU